AAUGAAGAAGACGUGCAAUGUAACGGCCUUUUGAAACGUCUCCACCUUUUUCCACGUGUCUACCUUGUAUAUUUUCUCACGCUUUCUCUCCUUCUCUGCUGUUUUUUUCCUGGGAAAAGCGAAAGAGAAAGCAAAAGAACGAAAAAAAAAAAAAAAUCUGAAAAAGAAACUAUUAUUCCUUCCCUAUCAAUCACCAUCAUCACACUCUUUCCAACUAAUUUUCCAUUCCUUUUCAUCAUCAUCAUCAUCAUCAUCAAAACCACUUCACUUCCUUCCAAACCACUCCAUUCAUAGAUUCACCAAACACUUUUCAUUCCUUCUCCAAAAAUGGCGAAUAAUAAUAAUAAUAAUCUCCACCGUUCAAACUCUUCUUCCAGUGAUAUUUCAGUUUAUUUGGACGCAAAGGAUCGUUCCAUUAACAGCGCUUCUUCAGGACGUAUUGAUAGGGAUUCAUCAAGUGUGUCGCAGAAUGUGGAAGAAUCUGGAGCUGAUGCUGUUCUAGCUGAAGCUGAACCGGAAAAUCAGGGUUACAGUAAGAAAGAUGCUGAUAAAGUUGUAAAGAACAGUGGAUUGUUGACUAGGUUCUUUGAUGAGAAUCUUCCCUUCAAGAAAAGGCUGAGAUGGCUAAAAAAAGCUUCCAUGGUUAAGGAUGAUGGUACUGUAGAAAUUGAUGUUCCAGGAAAUAUUAGACCUCGCUCUCCCGAAAAUGGAACCGGGGUUCUUGAUCCUAGUGAUGAAUCUUGCAACGAAACGAUCAUUGAGGAUAUUCAACCUAUUCGACCGCAACAAAUUGCAAUGCUUAUAGUUGGCACACGGGGAGAUGUCCAGCCAUUUGUUGCCAUUGGAAAGCGUUUGCAGGCAGACGGCCACAGGGUUAGGCUUGCUACUCAUAAGAAUUUUGAAGAUUUUGUCUUGAAGGCAGGCUUGGAAUUUUACCCUUUAGGAGGAGAUCCCAAAGUUCUUGCUGAGUAUAUGGUUAAGAAUAAAGGUUUCUUGCCAUCAGGGCCUUCAGAAAUACAUUUACAAAGAAGUCAAAUCAAGUCUAUUAUUCACUCUUUGCUUCCUGCAUGCAACAGCCGGUACCCAGACUCUAAUGAACCAUUUAAAGCAGAAGCAAUAAUUGCAAACCCUCCAGCAUAUGGGCAUACUCAUGUUGCUGAGUAUCUAAAUGUUCCGCUGCACAUAUUCUUCACAAUGCCGUGGACGCCUACUAGUGAAUUCCCUCAUCCUCUUUCCCGUGUUAGGCAGCCAAUUGGAUACAGACUUUCAUAUCAAAUAGUUGAUGCUUUAAUCUGGCUUGGAAUACGAGAUUUGAUAAAUGAAUUUAGGAAGAAGAAACUGAAGCUAAGAGCUAUUACUUAUCUACGUGGAUCUUACACUUCCCCUCCUGAUAUGCUCUAUGGUUAUAUUUGGAGCCCCAACUUGGUCCCUAAACCAAAAGAUUGGGGACCCAACAUUGACAUUGUUGGAUUUUGUUUCCUUGACCUUGGUUCAAAUUAUGAACCGCCAAAAUCGCUAGUAGAUUGGCUUGAAGAAGGAGAAAACCCUAUCUAUGUUGGAUUUGGUAGCCUGCCUCUACAGGAACCGGACAAAAUGACAAGAAUUAUAGUUGAAGCUCUAAAACAAACAGGGCAGAGAGGCAUCAUCAACAAAGGGUGGGGUGGUCUUGGGAAUUUGGCAGAACUAAAUAAAUCCAAAUCUGUGUACUUAUUGGACAACUGUCCGCAUGAUUGGCUAUUUCCACGAUGCACUGCUGUGGUACAUCAUGGGGGCGCUGGAACAACUGCUGCUGGUCUUAGAGCUGAAUGCCCAACCACUAUCGUACCAUUCUUUGGGGACCAACCAUUUUGGGGGGAGCGGGUGCAUGCCAGAGGAGUAGGUCCUGCGCCCAUCCCGGUAGGCGAGUUUACGUUGGAAAGGCUGGUUGAUGCCAUACGCUUUAUGCUGAAUCCAGAGGUGAAAAGGCGUGCUGUUGAACUUGCUAACACCAUGAAAAAUGAAGACGGAGUGGUAGGAGCAGUUAACGCCUUCUAUAAACAUUAUCCACAGCAAAACACUGAUACUGAGGCCGAGCCCCUGCUAGUAGCCCCAGUACAUAAAAAGUUUUCUAUACGAGGAUGCUUUGGUCACUAGAAAUCUUCUGGAUAAAUAGCUGCUUGUCCAUACAACACACUCAUCUGUGUAAUAUUGUUUAUUCUUCAGUCUAGUUCUGGUAUAUCAGUGAUUGUGAAAUGUAAAUUGUCCUGGUGGUUUUGUUGAGCUUCUCCAGAAAUAGUUCAAUCGGUCCAGUAAUAUCCAAUUUACCGUCAAUAGUCAUAAUGUUUACUUUCUUCUUCUAGCUUACAUUUGUAGGAUUGAUAUACAUAUAUCCCUCAACUUGAUCCAGUACCAGUAUGUAGAAUACAGCUGCUGAUAUUCUUCAUUGGAAUCUUUUGUGGCAAGAAACAUGCAUACUUCACACAUUAAUUAAAUUAAUUUUGUAA